ACACGCGGGUGGAGUGCGUUGUGUCUAUGUUUCCGCCAUUUCAUAUGGAUCUCUUCAUGGCGGGCAAUCUGGCAAGAUGUUGUCAAAGCUCGACGUUCAGUUGCCUCUUGUUAGGUUCCACUGCUCUGAGCCACGUCGCCUUUGUGCUGGGGGCAUGGCCACGAGCGCGGUUACUACGUAUCAUCAACAGAAAGCAGAGCUUGCUCGUUCCCAUAAAAUGUCUGGUCCACUUGCUCGUACGAGAAAGCUCAUUUUCUGUCUUCUAACCAAAAGCUGGCCCCCUCAAACCCCUUUCCACCCCACCUUGGUGCCUCAGUUUCCGGUGCCAACGGAACCAUGCACCCGCGACUGGCUGGCUGGCUGUUCAUCAUAGACUAUCUCACUGGCUGGCGUCUACGAGUAAUGCACCAGGUGUUGGAAAUUUCUCCUGGCAGGGAUCCUCUUCCCGUCACAUGCAAGGCUGCAGCUUCAGACUCCAGCUCAGGCGCCAGCCAACCAAAUCGAAUAAUUUUACGUAUCAGAGAAAAAGCUCAGUUGCAGCCUGUGCUGGAUUAUCUGCGCGAUUUCAUUCACGCGUCUCCGGCCCUUACCUGUUACCUUCUUCUACCUUUAGGACCGCUGUGCUCUUCGUCACCGGCGAGACAGAGGCAGCUGGGACACGGCACAAGUAUACUGCAGCUAAACUUGUAACGGCAAAUGCUGGCAGAGGUGGCUUACCCUGGAGACCCUGGAGAAUGUGCAAUAUCAGCCACUUUUGCAAAAACACGGACACCCAUUCCUUGUCCUGGAGGCUUUUGAUACCGUACACGUAUGAGUGUAUAAGUGUUGGGACCCGGACGGUAACAGGAUGCCCCAAAACAAGGGAAAUACUAGCCAGCACCCUAAAGCUAGCUAUCUAGCAUCCCGUGUCUCGGAUUCUU